AUGCAUGGUUUGGAAGAUGCAUCUGCUGGUCUAAUUGGGUUAGUCUGGCAACCAAUUGGUUGCGAAGAUGGCCGUCUCAAAGACGAUGGGUUCACGUCGGACGGGUCAAAUUGGUGCACUGGAAAUGGCAGGAAAUGCUCCGUGAAUCUCGUUGAAUCUCCCAAAUUGAGGGUAAUGCUUUUUUGCAGUUGGCAUCCCAGUUUUGCUCAGGCUUCAAGGGGUACUGCUUUCAUCACAACUCUCUCACUCCGCCAGACGUAA